CUCCCGCCCCGGCUCUUAGGCGCCUGGGGGUCCUGGCCGCCGGUCCCCUCCUGCGCGCGGCGUCGCGACCGGGGGUCCCGCGCGUGUCCUAGGCGGCCUGGCCGGGGCGCCGCCGAGCCGCGGGCGGGCGAGGACGAUGUCUGCGCUGCGGCGGGUGCUGCGCGUCUCCAACCGCUCCCUGCUCGCCUUCAUCUUCUUCUUCUCCCUGUCCUCGUCCUGCCUCUACUUCAUCUACGUGGCCCCGGGCCUCGCCAACACAUAUCUCUUCAUGGUACAAGCUCGAGGAAUGAUGUUGAAAGAAAAUGUGAAAACAAUAGGGCAGAUGAUCAGGCUGUACACAAAUAAAAAUGCUACCGCCAACGGUACAGAUUAUCCUGAAGGCAAUAAUUCAAGUGAUUAUCUUGUUCAAACAACAACCUAUCUUCCGGAAAACUUCACGUAUUCACCAUACCUCCCCUGCCCAGAAAAGCUGCCUUACAUGCGCGGAUUCUUCAAUGUCAACGUAAGUGAAGUUAGUUUUGAUGAAAUUCAUCAACUCUUCUCCAAGGAUUUAGAUAUUGAGCCAGGUGGUCACUGGAGGCCUAAGGACUGUAAACCCAGAUGGAAGGUGGCCAUUCUCGUUCCUUUCCGUAACCGCCACGAGCAUCUUCCGAUUUUCUUCUUACAUCUGAUUCCAAUGCUCCAGAAACAGAGGUUGGAAUUUGCCUUUUAUGUCAUUGAACAGACUGGCACACAGCCUUUUAACCGUGCAAUGCUCUUCAACGUGGGCUUCAAAGAGGCCAUGAAAAACAGCAUGUGGGACUGUGUAAUCUUCCACGAUGUGGAUCAUCUACCUGAAAAUGACCGAAACUAUUACGGGUGUGGAGAAAUGCCGCGUCAUUUUGCAGCAAAGCUGGAUAAAUACAUGUAUAUCCUUCCAUAUAAAGAGUUUUUUGGUGGUGUCAGUGGACUGACCGUGGAACAAUUUAGAAAGAUCAAUGGUUUUCCUAACGCCUUCUGGGGAUGGGGAGGAGAAGACGAUGACCUUUGGAAUAGAGUUCACUAUGCUGGAUUUAAUGUCACAAGACCAGAGGGAGACUUGGGAAAAUACAAGUCUAUUCCUCAUCACCAUCGAGGUGAAGUCCAGUUUUUAGGACGGUAUAAAUUACUAAGAUAUUCAAAAGAACGUCAGUACAUCGAUGGGUUAAACAAUUUAAUAUAUACGCCAAAAAUACUCAUUGAUAGGUUGUAUACAAAUAUAUCUGUAAACCUCAUGCCAGAGUUAGCCCUGAUUGAAGACUAUUAAAAGAAGCAGCUCUCUUGGCCUACGGACCACAAUGCCGGGUCAUGGACGGGAGCGUAUUCUCCACCGUGGCAGGAAGGGGUGUGCCCGGUGCCGUGCUCUGGGCAAAGAGCCAGCAGCCUGCAGUGUUGCCCGUGGGAUUGUGUCCAGCCAGCCCUUUCCCACCCAUCACCCAUCCUCUGCCCUGAGACACACCCCAUGAUGAGCACUGCAGAGACUAGAGGUCACCGCUGAAGUUGGGAAGUUAAGAGAGCUCCUUGCAAAGAGAAAAUUUUUAUACUAAAGUCUAAUUUAAUUCAAGAGAAUGCUUUAUUUCUGUUUAAACAUAUUUUGUACAUACGUGAUGUAAAUUAACGUGUUCACAUUGUUGAAAAAUAAGAUGUGUUGCAGUGUUGCAUGUGAUUGGUUAUGCCUUUAUUGGACUUUCACAGACAUUUUUUACUUGCAUGGAAAAAAAGCACUGUACAUUAAUGUCCCUGAACAAAGGUUGACCUCUAUGUGAAAUGAAGGGACUGUCAAUGAUUGACAGCUCACCCAGGAAACCCUUGUGCUGGUCUGCAACUUUAGACCUUCAGCCUUUUGUGUGGAAGAAGCCACAGUUUUCUUAGGGUUUUAAAGCAUAAGAAGGAAGGGCUUAAACAGCUUUUCUUCCUUCCAGGAUUACCUGAUUUUUUCCUUGCUUGUGGCCUCAUCAGAUUCGCUAAAUCACAACCACAUUGUUUAUGCAUAUUGCAUGAUUAUUACCAAGAAAAUCUUUAAAGUUGUGAUGUGACAUGAUAUAAAGGACCUCUUUAUGUUAAAAGUCUUCACAUACUGCUGAUGUUAUCAGGGAUUUUGUGCCUCAAAAAUGUCCCUGAGGUGGUAUGUGUUUGUACACUGUAGUUUUUCUUUUUUUUAGUCAUAGUGAACAGCACUUUUGUUAUUUCUAUUUCAGAAGAGCCAAAAAAAAAUUUCCCUUUAAAAAAAAUCAAAACAGUUUUUGUAAAAAAGAAUGAACUAUGGAAAACCCAGUAGUACUUAAAAUAUACAAAUGAAUUAUACUGUUAGAUAAGAAAUGCUCUAUUUUUAUGAUGAUACAUGCUUAGCAGAUAAAAACAGAUUUUAAGUUUAAUUCUCAGACUCAGACUUUCAAGUUUCAAAGGGAACCUUGAAUGUCAGCCAGUUUUGUUUGAACUGUAUGUAAUUUUUUUGCUUUUAAGAAAUUACAUCUCUGGUAUUUACUUGAAAAUUUUCCUCACUAAAAGCAUAAUUGAAUAGAACUAAAUACAUAAUAGAUAUUUAAAUGCAUUGAUGUUAUAAAACACUUCUUGGAAACAGGUCUUUCCUGGCAUCUGGCAUAUUUACUGUACCUUAAAUUUGGAUGGGGUUUUCAUAGCAAAACAAAAAAUAUCCUUACUUUAAAAAUUAUCAAUUAUAGUUAGCCAAAGAUUCCUUAAAGUAUCUUGAUAUUUUCACAAAUUUAAUACAGAAAGUUACAUAUCUAUAAAGUGAAUCUUCAACAGUAAUGAACACUAGAACUCUGUAGAUGAGAGAUGUUUGUAUAAUAUUUGCCUCAUGGGUUGUUCACCUGCAUCAGGAAUGUGGUUACUGACCUCAGGUUACAGUUAUAAUUUUGAAGUGUUGUUUCUAUGGCGAUAUUGGUAACACAGAUGACCACAGACAAAAUCGUAAAGUAAUUGAAAUUCUUAUACUUUGAGAAAACCAAUAGCUCUCUCUCUCUAUGUAAAUACCAAGAAAUUUUUUUUCACAUUUAUUUCUUAGAAGUAUUCCCAAAAUAUCUAUCUUUCGUUUUUUUGGUGGUACUCAAAAUUAUGAAAACAAUUUUCCAAAAAGUAAGAAAUUUGUUCUUAAUUUGUAUAUCUGUUCAUUUUCUAAGUAAUGUAGUUUUUUAAUUUGAUGAAGUGACAUAGUUGGGAGCACUGACAUUUGUUGAACACCAAUGAGGUGGUAGGGGUGCAGGAGCACAACUGACCCAAUAAUACUUAAAUAUUUUAGUUGUGAGGAAAAUUAGGGCUAUUUCUGAAUCUUAUUAGGAAAACAUUUUUAUUCUUUUUAAUGUGAAGCUGCCCACAUUUUGGAAUCUUUUCAUUUUGAUUUACAUCUUACAGUUUCAAGAGAAUUUGGUUCUACUAGUAUCUGUCUUAUUUUCCUAGACUGCGUCUAAGAGUGAUGGUCUUAGGAAUGGGCCAUGAAUAUUUCUCUUUUUUUCAGUUUUGAAUAGGGUAUGAAUUCCUGUGAAAACCAUCUCAUUAGUAUGCUCUGUUUUUUGCUUUCAGUUUUGUUUUGCUUUUUAAGUGCUGGCCUAAAACUGAUUUUUGCCCAUACAGAGUGAUUUUUUGUUUCUCUAAGAGGGUUAGAACUUUGCCCAGUUAUCUUCAUUGCAUGAAGAUAAAUCUAUUCCAGAAAAAGUAACAAAUCCAUUGCAAAUGCAAACUUUCUUCUUUGUAGUUAAGUUUGGCAGCUUUAUCAGAGAACAUGUACCUAUGGCUCACUCUGUGUCACGUGCGAUGCCAGGUAGAUACGUCUACUGAAAAGUAUUUAAUUUCUAUACAAAUCUGGCUGAGCCAGUGAAACCUUUCUGAAGGUAUGAACACAUCCUCUGAUAAUGACCUGUUGUAUCUCUUAGUUUCAAAGUCAUACACACGUGGACAUUGAGUAUCAGGGGGUGCGGCACCCCGGGGAGCUUACACGGUGCCUUUAAGAGAAGGAAGGAACGAUUAACUGACCUGUUCACAGGAAAGGACCAGCAGUGUACACAGCUUUGCCGUGGCGGCAUGUCGGAUUCACAGUAGAAACGGUCAUUUAAGUCUUUGCCAAAACUAGGGCUUAAUGAAUAUUUUUUUAAAUCUAAAUUUAAUUUUCUAUUUGUAUUUUUGUGAAAAAUGUGUUCAAUAAGAAAACAUUUACAAUAUUAUGUAAAUACAAAAUUACGUAUUAAAAACUAGCUUAGACUCUUCUCCCAGCCAACACAUUGAUACCCAUUUUAAAACAAAAAGGAAAAAUAUCCGAUACAAUCUUCUCCUCUUUGGGGGCUCCCUACAAGUGAGAGCAGGUCUUGUCAUUUUUUGUGGUCUUUGUUUGCAUCUGUUAUAUUUCUUUCUGUGCUUUUCAGCCAGAUACUGGUACUCUACGAUAUAUGGCCUUGUGUGUGCAAGCGUGGCACUGACAGGACUAGAAUGGCCCCCCAGUGGCGUUUGUCAGAAAGAGGAAGGGCACCUAACAUCAAUGGACUCACUAAGACCUGAGAGGCUUCUACACAAAUGCACUGAAAAUAAAUGCUAGUGAUUUCUUGUAUUCUCUCUCUCUCUCUUUUUUUUUUUUGCUUCUCAUGGAAAUGUUUGUACUUUUUUAUCAUUGUCUUUGAUGAAAUAUAAUGUUCUGAAGA